AUGCCCUGUCCAUAUCAUGAGAAGGACCAAGGAACAAUCUACGCUAUUUCGCCGCACGAAUCCAUAGCAUCGAUUCCUUCUGCUAUGCCCUUCAUCCGCACGCCCGAAUCAGCAUAUCUGGGUAACAGCCAGCGAGGAUAUUUUGAAACCACCAACAAAGUGUCCAGUUCGAUUGCUCCAAGUCUUGCCGCUCGAAGUUCUACUCGGCCUAUCUCAAUUGUAGGCGAACACAGUCAAGACUCGCAGGACGAGGAUGUCGACGCAGAGACUUGUCGCAACGAAUGUCCAGAGCUCUCAGAUCCUAAUCAACGCACAUAUCAGUCUAAUGGUGACGCAAGCGAUGGGCCCAUGGCUGAUUCUAUCGGAAAAGGGGCUGCGAACAUGCACCACGCUCCCCAAGCCCUCCAAGCCCGGCAGCAAGUGCAAUCUUGCAAUGGUUCCCAUAGCUCCGAUAGGCGAAAGCUCAGGAAGAAGCUCCGUAGGAAGACCCUGGAAUCUCAAGUCCUUGCAUUCCGAGCUUGGGAAAAGCCCCAUCGUACAGACGAGCAUAUAAAUCCGGGGGUUUAUCGUGGAUUCUGGAAAUGGCUUGCGCGCAGCUUGACUUUUUACAUCCCUUCCUGGUUCCUCAAGAGAUACCUCAGGAUGGAAGACCUUCGGCAACGUCUAGCCUUCCGACAAAAGGUGCUUUUCUGCCUUCUGCUUGCGGCCAUUUAUGCAUUGCUUUGCUACUUUCUUGUCAUUCAACCCAUGGCCAGCUGUAUCUUGAAAGUGCACAUCGGCAUGAUUUCCAACGACAGUACCUUCUGCAGCAUGAUCAGCAACAUCAUUUACGUCUAUAUGGGUCUGGGUGGCGGUUUCAUGCUCCUAGUCAUGUUCUGCGUUGCUCGUAUUCGGUAUACUAGCCGUUCUUUCGAAGAACAUGUUACUCUGCUGGUAAUGCAGAUCCCCUGUUACAACGAGGACGAAUCCACGCUCCGGAAAACAAUUGAGUCGUGCGUCCAGUCGAGUUAUGAGAAAAAGCGCAAGCUUCUUUUCAUUGUCGCAGAUGGAACGGUUGCAGCUGCUGACCAGAAGCCAACCUACAGAAUCUUGUUGGAUGAUAUUUUCGACCAUAGUGCAGACCUGGAGGUGGGAAUCGAGAAUCAAGCUCACUCAUACACGUCGUAUGACGGGGAUUGCGCUUCUGAGAACCGAGCUUUCACCUGCACUGGCCACUAUCGAGGGGUGCCUUACGUCAUUGUAAUCAAGAUUGGGCGGGACGACGAACAAGAUAGCCUAAAACCCGGGAACCGAGGGAAACGUGACUCUCAGCUCGUGGCCUACAACUUCUUCCACUACGUCAACUACCGACGGUUCUGGAACCCACUCUUCGAAAACCUUGAGUUUCAGAUGCGAACCUGCCUCAAAACAGACGCUCCGGAUGCCAUGUACAUGCUGGCCAUCGAUUGUGACACCGAGGUUGAUCGAUCAGGAAUCUCGUACCUUGUGGACCGACUUCAAAAAGACCACAAGCUCGUCGGAGUAUGCGGCUACACAGGAGUCGGCAACGGUAUGAGCAGUUUUGUCGCCAGCAGUCAGGUUUUUGAGUAUUGGCUUACUCACGCCGUCCUAAAAGCAGUGGAGAGCGUAUGCUCCAGUGUCUUUGUCCUCAGUGGAUGUUUCACCAUUUACCGACUGAAAUGGCCAAACAACAGACCAGCUCUUUUGCAUCCACUUCUCUUGGAAGAUUAUGCAGGAAGCUAG